CAUUAUGCGCUCUCCUCUCCGUCAGCCGUCAUGGCGGAGGUCAGCCGUCGGCUGGGAGUGAGAGCCCUCAGGAUUUCUGUCCUCUCGUCAGCUAAAGUUUAUCACACCGCAGGUGCUGUUGAAGCGCUCGCAACUGCGGUCUCAACAGUCCCUGCCAGCGCGACACAUGAACACGAACACCUCACGGAGCUGUCAGAGCCUGAGCUGCGCCGACAGCCGGCGCACAGGGGUGAGCAGCCAAGUUUAAAGGACUUUGAAAACACUGUUUAUAGAAGAGGGUUCACUGAAGUAUAUCACGAGCAUGGACCCGAUAGUUUGUCUGGUGUGUCUCUGCCUCGGGAUUUUACCGGAUACUAUGUGGUAUUUUUAGAUGAGAGAGGUCAAAGUCUUGUGAUAUGUCCAAAGCAACAGCGAUCACACACGCAGCACGGGCAUGAACGCCGGUCAGCUUCUCGCGGCUUACACAGCUCUGUCCGGAGAUCGCACGUUUGGGCUGACGGGCAACUACUGAGCGCGAGACUGAACUGCAGAAUGCACCCGCUGCACCAGCUCCGAAUGUACCGCACGCUAGCGGCGCAGACACACGCGCGCUCCGGCCCGCUCAGCUCGCUGACGUCACUGUGGUCCGUCCACCGCUGGCCCGGGGCUCGAGCGUACGGUACGGAUGACUCGUUCCGGAGCAGGACGACGUACUACGACAUCCUGCAGGUGAGCCCCAGCGCCACCCAGGCGCAGAUCAAGACGGCGUACUACAAGCAGUCCUUCCUGUUCCACCCUGACAAGAACGCGGGCAGCCGGGAGGCCACGCAGCGCUUCGCCCAGAUCAGCGAGGCCUACAGCGUGCUGGGCAGCAAGUGGCUGCGGAGGAAGUACGACGUCGGCAUCCUGAGCCAGGCAGACCUGCGGGGGGGGGGGGGCCAAGCGGGGGGCCGGGAUCCGACGCCGCCGAGGCCCUUCAGCCAGCAGCGGCAGCAGCAGCAGUAUCGCCGUAGCAACGCGUCCUGGGGCGGCAGGCACCACUUCGACUUUGACGAGUUCUACCGCGCGCACUACGGGGAGCAGCUACAGCGGGAGAAGGAGGCCAAGCUGCGCAAGGAGGCGCUCAGCAGGCAGCGGCAGGAGCAGCUCAAGAUCUACCGCCAGAGGAGGAUGAUCGAGGUCACCAUGACCAUCCUGGUCACCAUGGCAACCCUCAUCCUGAUCAGCGUCCGCGAGUCUUGAGCUCCGGGGCUCUCUGGGACAGUGUGUGUGUGUGUGUGUGUGUGUGUGUGUGUGUGUGUGUGUGUGUGUGUGUGUGUCAUAGAUGUGGAUAUCUAUGUGUGUGUGUGUGUGUGUGUGUGUGUGUGUCAUAGAUGUCGGAUAUCUGAGUGUGUGUGUGUGUGUGUGUGUGUGUGUCAUAGAUGUGGAUGGGUGUGUGUGUGUGUGUGUGUGUGUGUGUGUGUGUGUGUGUGUCAUAGAUAUUGGAUAUCUAUCUCUGUGUGUGUGUGUGUGUGUGUGUGUGUGUGUGUGUGUGUCAGAUAUUGGAUAUCUAUGUGUGUGUGUGUGUGUGUGUGUGUGUGUGUGCGAGUGUGUGUGAUGAGUGGAGGCAGAGAGAAGUGGUUGUGAGAUUGCAGGAUCUAAUAAGUAAGCGGUUUUAAUCCCGGUUGUGUCCAGGUGAACGGUUUAAUCCCACUGAAGGAUCUAGGAGCUGCUGCACUGGACUUGACUAUGGAGGAGACCAGAGUGGCUAACACACACACACACACACACACACACACACACACACACACACA